AUUUUAUAUUUAUAUUUAGGCACAUAAAAAUGAAAUAACAUAUUUUGGCUCUCAAAAUUAAUGGCGUUAUUUCCUUAAAGUAUACAAAUAACGUUUUUGUUCAAUAAUAAUUACCUAAUUACAAGGAAUAUAAUUUUUCAAUCAACCAAAUGGGGACAGCUGUAAUACAGUUAAAAUUUGUUUCUCUCGUCAAAAAUAAAUCGAAAUGUUGUGUAGAAAUAGUCCCAGAUAUAUGCAGUAUAAAAAAUAUUGAUAAAAUCAAAUGGAAGAAGAACAUUGAUUCAAUAGAAUACGUAGUUCCUGUAACUUAUAAGAUUGUAUUGAAAAAAUCUAAUUUCAUGAAACUUGAUGAAGAAGAAAAAGUCUACCAUUCAUGUGUUGGUUUGCUUGAUUCCAAAUCAAUAGCUAACUUGAAUAGUAGGCGUAGCUUAAUGAGAACAUUAAGUGAACAAUUCUUUGAAAGGAAAAUAAAUAAUAUAGAUGCUCGAGUCAAAAUAUCAAAACCUCUAUUAUUAGAAUGCGGGGACAGAGAUAUUGAAACAGAACUGAAAACGAAUGUAGUAGUUGCAGAAAGUAAACAUUCUUAUAUUGACGGCAUAGAAUAUGUAAAAGAAAUGGAAGAUAUUAAUGUUUCUCGGAAUAAUAAUGACUGUACAAAAAUACCACUACAUCUUACAAACUUAGAAGAAAUAAUUUUUUCUCAGUCAAUCAUUGACCGUAAAAAUAUUCCGAUAGCUGAUUUAGUUAAUUCACGUAAAAACUUAAAGCACAAUGUUUCAGUAGCUACUUUGACUAGCCAGGGUAAAAGGAAUUUAUCAAAUACACUAAAUAUGCUAACGUAUAGUCCAGUUUGUAAAAUUACCAAAGAUAAACUUACAUCAGAAGAAGUUAAUCCAAACAUUAGUUAUUUGCAACACAUAGGAAAACUUCAUGGAUUAAGAGAUAAUAAGUUUAAGUAUUUUAAAUAUCUUCCUAUUAAUUUUCCAUUUAAUGGCUAUAUUUUUGGUUUACUUGAUGUUGUCACAGAAACUCACUCAAAAUCAAAUUUUCGGGAUGAUAUUAGACUCAAACCUGACGUUCGUAUAAGCCGAUUUAUCAAUGAAAUGGAAAAGCAAAUAUUGCCACUUAAUUUGAUAUUGAAUGAUAUAAUAAAUAAGUGUUAUAUGUUAGGAAUAUUUCGGAAGCUUAGCAGCUUAAAGCCAGAUAUACAGAGGAAAAUAAUUAACACUAGUGUUUUAUAUUGCAAAAAAGCUGGACAAUCUAAGUCGAAUCGUGUUGUUUUUUCUGUGGUGUCUGAUGGAUAGGAGUUGGAAUUUGUUUUUACUGUAUUUAUAUCCAUGAAAGAAGCAUAUUGAUCUAUAUUUUUCUUGUUUUUUAUUGUAUGUAGUCUGAAAAACAAGGUAAAAGUAGAAAAUUAUUUACAGCAUAAGUAUUUCUAGCUUGUCGAGUAGUAAUCAUUUAAUGCAGAAGCUAUAUCGUUUGAAGUGAUAGCCACUCCAUGUGAAAAUGCAUCUAACAAAACAGAAACCAAAGUUAAAAGGGAAGGUAAAUGUUAAGGUACGAUGUCGCCACAAGGAUGAAAAUUUUCCUAGCGGUGCAUUAUUUAUACACAACUAGCAAACCCGGCGAACUCCGUUUCGCCACCAGAUGGCUUCGUUUUAUGUAACAUUUCGUUUGGUGAUUAAAAGAAGAAGAAAAAUU